AUGUUUGAGCCCAACGGAGUAGCUCUAGACAUUUUCGGAGACAAGGAGACCUCUGACGCCCGCCGGCGUUGCCAGCCCACGACUGAGGAAGACCGUGCGAUUUUCGACUUGCACCUGAGCGUGUCCGUCUCGUACGCGAUCUCGUACAUCGGGUGGAAGCACAUGCCCUACUGCUCCGAGCAAAUCGCCGCCGAGGCAGAAGCGCUUGGGGUCCCCAUGUCGCUGGUAGACGUCGGCGAGGGUGACCCUGAGCCUAGCACCGACACGCCGUGGGGGCUCGCGAAAGCCUACAUCGACGAGGUGUGGGCGUUCCUCAUGGAGAACGACGGCUGGAACGCAGAUGGACGCUUAGGGGGCAGGGAAGUCAACCUCACCCCCUUCACCGGCGACUUCGUUUUCUCUGACUCGGCGGGAAGCACCUGGGACGGGUACGAGCCGAAGAAUUCACCCUACAAGAGAUGCAUGCACUGCAGGCGGCGAAACCACGAGAAGAUUGAGUUCAGCAGCACCGAGAGGUGGCAGCCUUUGAUGGAGUCCAAUGGCCUUGGCUACGUCAACUCGCAGGUGCACGUCACCCCGCACAUCGGCGUUACCGGCCGAUUCUUCGGCUUCAACACCGCCGAGGACGAGGAGGCUUGGGGAGCGCGAACACUCGACAGACCGCCGUACCAGGACAGGUACGAUGAGGCCGCUAGAGAGGUUCUCGAGGCGUCAACGGUGGCUGCAUACGACCCAGCAAAACUGUUCGCCAUCUCCUUGUUCGACAACAAGUUCAACUCACUUCCUCCACUCAAGAUCGUGUACUUCUUUGACCGCGGCGACUUGUCCCUGAUGGACUUCCUCGAGUUAUCGGUCAAGUCGCAGCUCGCGAUCUACAACAGCGUGUUACUCGCGUGGAGGGAGAAGGUUCGCCAUGAUGCCCCGCGCCCUGCGUCCGUGAUCAGGAAUGAGCUGGGAGACGAACUCGUCGACGCCUACGCGGGUCCCGACAUCGGCAUUCAGACCAUCAAGGCAUCGGAGUGGGAGCCGUACAUUCGCACCAUGCCUCACAGCGAAUACCCGUCAGGCUCUUCGUGCAUCUGCGAGGGAUUUGCUAGUGCGCUCAGGCUCUGGGCGGGGAACGACACGAUCGAUCCUCCAAUCGGGUUCCCUCCCCCCGAGUUCGGCGGCCCCAUCCUCGAAUUUUCGAGCUGGACCGAGGUGUCGCAGAUGUGUGGAGACAGCCGCGUGUGGGCCGGUUUACACUUUGAGGAGGCGGUCCCUGCUGGAGCGGAACUCUGCGGUGGCGACGAAAUCGCGGUGUCCAUAGCUUCUUCUAUCGAUGCGCUCACCGCCGGCGACGAGAGUGCCGCCGUUUUCAAAAGGGAUGUCGGCGAGCUUGUACUGCGCCCCUUGUGA